UAUCCAGAUGAUAUUGUUUAUAUAAAAAAAAAAUUUAGAACAACACGUCUCUGAAGCCAACAAAGCCAAAUAAUACAAACUUACUAAAACCCAUUUGUUAAUUAAACAAAGUUGUAAUUGGAGAAUACGUGGGAGUCUCGAAGGGGAAGGAGAAGACCCGGAAAGGAAGGGGCAAAAAACGAAGAGAAGAGUUCAAAGGAAAGGGGGCAGUUCCGUAAUUAGUAGUUGGUUUGUCUAUGGGGGAAAGAAGAAGAAGAGCAGUUAGUUAAACGUGCAAAGAAGAGCAGCUCUUCCUCCCCAUUUUUUCCAAACACAUAAACCGCGCACCCAUCAAACAAGAUGUAUCACCGUAUUCCGUCGUUAAUGGAGCCGUUUCUACGGAGAGUCUCGAACCGUUGGCCGGUCAUCGCUCAGGCUGCCACGUGGACUGUUCUCCUCAUGUUCACUGUCGCCGUCGCUUCGUUUGCUCCUGAGAUGGCGUUUGUGUCGACGGUGUCGUCCUCGUGCGGAGGAGGAGAUGGGUUUGUGAAGAUACCGGUGGAUUUUGCUGGGGAGAGUGUGUGCGUGCCGUCUAGCAUGGUGAAGAGAUCGCGUUUCGAUUUGUUUGUGCCUUCGAUCUUUGCUGCGGUUAUGGUCACGGCUUCGGCUUGUUUGAUCCGAUCGUGUAUUGGUGGCACGGAGAAUGCGGAUCAUUUAUAAACCAAAACAAAAUUAACAAACUUGUAAAGUAUAUAGUAUUUAAUAAUUUUGUGUUCAGUUACAUAAACAAAAACAUUCACCGUUUCCUUUUUUCCAAAUUCAGACAUGAUAAGAUCCG